AUGAAUUCACAAGAUGUACAAGAUCAAAUCGUCAAAAACGAGCACAUCAAUUUGCACUUCCGAACGAUUGAUGCAGUAGCGCUAGUAACUAUUGAUGGUCGGGAAACGUUAAGCCGGUGCACAAACAAUAAUCAAUACGGUGAACUUAUCUGGAGCAAGAACCUCUUAGCACUCUCUUUUGAAUAUGUUCAACCGGUGUAUGGGAGUGUAUCCAUGUUACGCUCGACUAGCGAGACGUCACGGAGCAGAGCAGAGGAAGAAAGGACUAGAGCUAAGAUUCCAACGGGAAGCUCGAAGAGUCGUGAAGCGAAGGUCUUAAAGGGAUGCGAGGGUUUAGCAGGGAACCCAAGGCGAGGCUUGAGGAGUAGACGUACUCCGAAGAAGGUAAAUUGA